UGAGAGCAGGAUGAAAACCAGGAAGAAACGCCUAUCACAUAAUGCACAUACAGUCGCGCUCCUCGCUCCGCUGGAAGUUGAGCUCAGCGCAGUGAGGUACAUGCUCGACGAAGAACACGAGCAGCUUCCGGCGACAAAAAAUAACCUAAUCCGCUACGUCCCUGGACAACUGAGCCAGCAUAAUGUGGCUAUCGCAUCCUUGCCUGCCGGCUACCGAGGCACCAUCUCGGCCGCAAUCGUCGCACGAGAUCUAGCACGCACCUUCCCGUCGAUAGAACUGCGACUGCUCGUGGGCAUUGGAGGCGGCGUACCUAGUGCUACUGCCGAUGUUCGCCUGGGAGACGUGGUGGUCAGCGUCCCAUCCGGCACGCAGGGUGGUGUUGUGCAGUACGACUUGGGAAAGCAGACUACGACCGGGUUUCAACGCAAAGGUUUCUUAUGCCUGCCCUCCUCCUAAUGGGCACGCCGAUGCACGAGUUUGUGUCCCAUCUUUUAAAGCCGCCACAAGUUAUCAUUACGACGAGACCUCGCCCGUCUGAUCAUAUUGAUAUCGGGGCCGUUGAUCUGGAGCUGGAAGCUAUUGGAUUCCGCUUCAAGCAGGUGGAGGAAUACAUUCGCAACACAAAGAUAGUACUUGACAUCGGCGUUUCAAGAGAGAUUGAGCCAUUUCUACAGGAUCACGCUCUGCUGCAAAGCCUCGUCCGAAUUCUGAUCCAGCAAGACGCGCUGUGCUACAGCUGGGAGCGAGGUCUUUGGGGCGACAGACCGCAGACAAUGACCAGUCUCUAUCAAUCAAUCGUCUUAAAGCUCUGGAGAAAGGAUUUCCUACACCUAAGUAUCCGAGACGAUCAAGGGCACCGGCUCACGGAAGGGGCAGUAGAAGACAUCCACCAGCUCGACAUUGAAAAUUUCGUUGCGAAGGAAAUUAACCUCAUCG